CAUCCAAAUCUGGAAGGAGAUGGAAAGAUACAACUAUUUGCAAUAAAAACAAAGAUAUUUACUUUUAUUUUUGUUAUAAAUAAAUUCGGUUUCUUUCUAUAAAAUCUGACGAACUGUGCGCCGCGUGCCGGUUGUAAAAAUUGUGAUUAUUUGCCACUAAUAGAUACUAAGUUGUCUUGAUCAGCAGUGUAUUGUAUAGUUCGCAUUAAAAUUGUAUCUAUUUAUACUCCAGAUACUUAGUACGCAUUGUUGAAUCGAAAAUAUUUACAAAAUCUUCUUCGGUUUUUGCUUCUGUUGUUGUUUUUGUUUUAUUUAUUUUGCGUGACCUCCUUAAACAAAAAAGUUACAUUGGAUGAAUUUCCCUUCUGAAUCAUAAAAAUUGAUGACGAUCGGUUCGAUCUUCUUGAGAAAUUUACAAAAUUAUCGUAAGGGACCGGUUUGAUCCACUUAAAAUAAAAGAACUGUCGAAAAAGAUACAAAGAUACAAUUGAAUCUCAAAAAACGAAAAAACAAAACAACAAGCCAAGGGAGAGAUCACCCAAUUUUUGUUACGUGCGUACAUCGCGUCUCAUCGUAUAGUCGUAUCGUCGUCGGUCGUCAGUCGUCUGGACCAUAAGAGUCUCAUCCACGUGUAAAAGCUACAAAUUAUCCAUCCGAACCAAAAAACGCGAAUUAACCAUCCAUCGAUCGUCUUCGUUUGUGCGUGACGUUUUUUUUUCACCUUAAUACCGGUAUAAGAUAUUGUAUCUUUCGGUCAUGUAUUAUUAAUGGGAAACUCAUAAACCAAUGUCAUCGGAACUUCGUUGAAGUGUAAAACAAAAUAUUUUCUGUGUAAAAACAUCUUAUAGAUACAUUCGCCGCAUGAUGCUGUUUUUUAUUAAUACACAAAAUGUGAAGUGAAUUAAAAAUAAAAUCCUCAUGUUAAGUGACAAAGUUCAUGCAUCUGCUGCAUCUGCAAAGUUUUUUUUUUGAAAAAUUUCAAGGCGGUCGAUCGGUAUACAAUUUAUAUACAUAUUUGUUUUUACAGAUGCAUUUGAGUGUAAAAUAUACAAUCGUACAUCUCGUCGAUCAUUAUUAAAAACAACAAGAAAAAUACAACAAAACAAAACAAAUUUAAGAUAUUUUAUUGAAUUAAAUUUUGUACAUGGGUGUACCAGUGUGUACCUACCUACCUAACUACGACGACGAGUACUAUCUCAAAGAUAGAGUAUCUACAAGUCCGGCAAAGGUGUAAGGUAGAGUGUACCUGCCUAUAACUAACUAUCGGGGAGAAUUUUAUUAGAUAAACAUCUCGUGUGUGAGAUACACGUCUAAUAAUGUAUCUUCUUUUGUAUAUUUAUGAUCAAUGCGAAGACAUUAUACUGAAAUAAUAUUCAAAUAACAAAAAGAAAUACAAAAAAUAAAUUCGAGAUACGCGUUCUUCAGGGAUUCGACGGCAGGUAAAACGUUAACCAAAGAAAAACCUACGACAACAACAAUUUCACGCAAAUUUAAAUUCCACCUCCCUUUAAUUUUUUUUCUCAGAAAUUGAUGUUCUGUUCGUUUUCCAAAUAUUCGUAUAUUCGUAUAUCGUUAAUUUAAGCGUGUCGAAAGUUGUAUGCGAUUUGAAUGUGUAAACAGUUGGUAAAUAACCCGGAAAAUAAAGUCCUUUUGUGGUUUAAAUAUUCUUUUCUCCAUAAAAUUGAGUCUGAAAUUUUCUAUUCCAUUGAAAUAAAAGGUUAAACAGUCUCGAGAUACAAACAAAAAACAUUCAUUCGGAAAUAAGGAUAUAAAACACCGAACCCAACAAUGAAACGUAAUAUCCUUCUGUUGCUGAACUGCAAUUCAGUUUAAUUUCAAAUAAGAAGAUUUCAGAGAGCGGUAUCGGUGUUCCAAAAGGAUUAGGAUUUAAGAUCUUCAUUUUAUUUUAAUUUUUUCUUAAAAGUUUAUUUUAUAAAAUGGAAGAUUCUGUGGAAAACCACCAACGCAGACCAACAAACAACAACAAUCACAAUCUGAAAAGAGAAAAACCACAAACGUUACAGUGCAAUUUCGUGGCAUCAAGACCCAAGGACAUUGUGCAUAAAUGUGUAUCGGAUCCGGGUAAUUCGUGUGCUCGACAAGCGGAAAGCCAACAACGUCGAGACAUUAAUCGUGUUGUUGAGGACUGGGAGGUGGACGGUACGGCAACGGUCGAUUCUUGGACCGAUGAUGUUUCGAUACAAACGGAUAUAAGUGACAUUGUCGAUGGUGAUGGUGAUGGCGAUGUUGAUGGUGGUGGUGGUGGUAAUAGUGGUGACGGUACUGGGGGUGAUAGUUCCAUGAUGAGCAGUGAAAACAUCGCUUUCGAUGGCCAAGUCAGUUGCACUGGCAGUACCAUGAAUAGUCCCGGACAGAGUUCGAUGUGUCCGAAAGGAUUAUUUGCCAGAUCGCUGAGAUAUCCGUCUGGUAGUGGGACAACACGAAAGUGUGUCCUUACUCUAGACGGGUAUUCCUAUGUCAUAGUUGCCAGUACUCCAGAGAAUCGAACCGGUGGUGGUCGUGAGGAUACUAUCACCUCCCUUUCGGAUAGAAGAAGCAGCAGUGGAGUGGAUAGAUCUAAAUCAAAUAGUCCAACUGGUUCUUCACAACAGAGUGCGGUACCAGUCAAUGGCCAAGUGUCAAAACAAGGAUCUCUAACAAUUGUCCGUCGCUCAAACAGUCGCAAAGGUAAUUUGGGCUUCCAAGGUUCAGAUCUUCAACAACAAUAUCAAUUACAAUCUCCAUUAAGUCAAACAACAACACCAUCAGCUCUUGAUAAUAAUUCGAUUUGUGCAACUCCCAAUGAAUAUCCUUCAUCAUCAUCUAUAGUUGCAACACCAAAUCGAGGAGAUUGUAAUAUUAAUUCGAGUAGCAAUUUUGGACAAUCCUUGCCGACACCUAGUAAUUUAAGUUCAUAUUUGGGCACAAGUGACCAGUUGGAAAUAGAAUCAUCUGCCGACACUGGUUUACAACAACAACAAGACCAACAAUCCUUUAUCCACCUGCAGCAAUACUCAAGAAUGCAAACACUGCAACAGCAACAACAACAGUCGACGAAUACUACCACUACUGUAGCUAUCAGCGGCAAUAUGUCACCGACAAUGCGUAGCGGCGGGGUUAUGUCACCAGCGACGGUUGGUAGUGACGGCGGCGGAGAUUCGGUUGAUUUAGCGACGGAACAUUUACCUGCCGUCGAUACACCGGAUGCCUGCGAUAAGGCUGCAGUGAGACUCCGGUGUCUCCUGCGCCUACUUCAGACUGGAGAAAUUUCAGCUGAAGUUCUUCAAAAAAAUCUACACUAUGCCGCACGCGUCCUCGAAGCAGUUUUUAUAGAUGAAACAAAUCCAGAUGGUACUCCGGUACAAAAGAACCGCCUUUUGGCUGUCACUCCAACAGCAAACUCCAACAGCUGCUGCAAUCCUCCUAAUAACGAUAAUAAUAGCAAUGUUAACCUUAGUAGUAAUUUAAGUGAAGAUAAUCAACUGCAACAACAACAGCAACAAAAUGUGGCAAACUGCAAUCAGACUAGUAUAGAGGGCCGCACGAAAGGUGUUUCACUGGCGCCCCAGACGCACAGUGGCCCAACAGGUCCGCCACUGUCUCAAAUCGAUGAGAAUUCUUCGAAUGAUAGUGAGGCUAAUGCCAAAGCACCUGCAACAUCUAACUCCACGACAGCAUCAACCGGAACGACUACGACGACGACGGGAACAGCAACAGCAACAAGUGGCAGUAAUAGUUUAAGUAACAAAGCAACAGUCCAGAGACAGAGACGUCUGCGAACUCCUGUCUGGGCGAGAUCAAUGACAAGCGAUAAAACGAGGCUCGCUGAUGAAGAUGAUGAAUUAUCCGAGGUACAACCGGAUGCUGUACCACCAGAGGUUCGUGAGUGGCUGGCUUCCACUUUCACACGACAAUUGGCUACAACCCGGAAGCGGAAUGAUGAAAAACCGAAAUUUAGGUCGGUGGCACAUGCCAUACGUGCCGGUAUAUUUGUUGAUCGAAUAUACAGAAGAGUUUCCAGCUCAGCUCUCAUGCAAUUUCCGCCGGAAGUAGUUAAAGUUUUAAAGACGCUUGAUGAUUGGUCGUUUGAUGUAUUCGCUUUAGCUGAAGCGGCAAAUGGACAACCUGUCAAAUAUCUUGGCUAUGAUUUGCUCAAUCGUUAUGGAAUCAUUCAUAAAUUUAAAAUCGCACCCGCUACUCUGGAAACGUUCCUGAAUCGCAUCGAAGAGGGUUAUUGCCGCUUUCGCAAUCCAUAUCACAACAAUUUGCAUGCGGCUGACGUCACGCAAACCAUACACUUUAUGCUAUGUCAAACUGGUCUCAUGAACUGGAUGACAGAUCUAGAGAUUUUCGCCACCCUAUUGGCUGCCUUAAUACACGACUUCGAACACACCGGAACCACGAAUAAUUUCCAUGUGAUGUCUGGUUCCGAAACGGCCCUUGUCUACAAUGACCGUGCGGUGCUAGAAAACCAUCAUAUAAGUGCGGCGUUUCGUGUGCUCAAAGACGACGAUUGCAAUAUUUUAUCAAAUUUGUCUCGCGAGGAGUUCAGGGAGCUAAGAACUCUCAUUAUAGACAUGGUCCUGUCUACAGACAUGUCGUUCCAUUUUCAACAAUUGAAAAACAUGAAGAAUUUACUCACCUUGGCCGAGCCAACGGUGGACAAAUCCAAAGCGCUGGCGCUGGUAUUGCAUUGUUGUGAUAUAUCGCAUCCUGCCAAAAAGUGGUCCCUGCAUCAUCGCUGGACGAUGUUGCUGCUCGAGGAGUUCUUCAGGCAGGGUGAUUUAGAGCGAGAAUUGGGACUUCCAUUCAGUCCGUUAUGUGAUAGAAACAAUACACUGGUUGCCGAAUCACAAAUUGGUUUUAUCGAUUUCAUUGUCGAUCCGAGUAUGUCGGUUUGUGCGGAUAUGUUGGAGUGCGUGCUGGCACCCAUUGCACCUAUGUGCAAAAAUGCCAACGCCAGCAUUGAUGAUGGUACUACGAAUACGUCAGGUUCGGGCGGGGUGGUGAGUAAAUCAUCGUGCGAGUCAAUCAGUGAAGGAGUCGAGUCAACGGCGAAUAAUGGCUCUGAUGAAGUGUCGUCAUCAACAGCGGCGGCAGCGUCGACUGGAGCUGGAGGUGGAAAGCAGAAAUUCCGUAUUCGGAAACCCUGGGUUAAUUGUCUCACCGAAAAUAAAAAGAUUUGGAAGGAACAAGCUGUCAAGGAUGCUGAAGCUCGUGCCGCCGCUGCUGCUCUCGAAGAAAACAAAGAACAAACAACAACAAACGAUGACAGUGAAAAUCCAUCAAAAUCAAAAACUGAUGAUUAAUGUGCUUUCUAAUGUACUCGUAUUAUAUUUUGUAUUUCGAUGACGUUUAUAUAAAACAAAUUAAUAUAAAAGUUAUGAUGUGCAACAUAAAACAACAAUUUACACUAAAACAACAACAACAACAAAAAUUUAAAUAUAUAAUUAAAAUUCAUAAUUUUAUAAUUUUUAAAUGUUAGAAAAAAUAUAGAAUACUUUGCAUUAUUGCGUAUAACCCGCAUUAAAAAUUAAGUUUUUUUAACCUAAUAUGAAAUAUGAAAAUGAUGAUGAUGCGCGAAUACCUUUAUUAAAAUCUCUUAUACAAUUUUAUUUAAAUAAAAAGAAAAUUUAUUAAAAAAAAACAGAAGAAGAAAAAGAAAGUAUAACACCAUUAUUGUUAUUUUAAGCUAUAAAAACAUGCAUUUUUGUAAAUAGGUGAUAAAUAUAUAAAAACAUAAACAAAUACAUAAAUAAUAUACAAUUUAAAAUUUAAGUAUUGGCAAUAAUAAUGUUAAUUUAAUUGUUGUACAAUUUAAUGGCGUGACAAUUUUUUUUUUAAUUUUUAAAUCUAACUUAGGACACGCAAAACUAAAAAAGUGAAGAAUAUAAAAACAACAACUUUUAUUAUGUACCUUCCUAUACCUUUACUAAAAAUUAUCACAAAACUUUUUUACUAUACUUUUGUCUCUAAAAUUCUAAACUGUUUUUAGUUUUCAUUUUUUCUUAAAAAAUAGUAUUAUUUAAAUGCAUUUUCUUUUGUUAUUUAGAAAAUUAUUUGAAAAAUAAAACUGUGUGACUGUUUAAAAUGUUGUUUUUUUAAAUUUUUUUAUUAUUUUAUUUAUUAAACAAAUAAAAAAGUUUAUGAUGAAAUAUCACUGCCGCGCCGCUUUCAUUUCCAGUAUUCAUAUGUGCAAUGGAUAAUUUAUUGUUGGAAAGGUAAACUAAUUAAUAAAAUUUUGACAUUAUAUGAACAAAAAAUUGAUUAACCAUACUUUUGAUUAUAACUAUUUUUUAUGAAAAAACUGAUUUUUUCAAAAAGGAACAAACAGGUGCAGCUAUAAAAAUUAUUAUACAUACCAUAAAACAAAACAUUUAUCCGCCAUCUUGCAAAAUAUUGUCCAAAAAAAUAAAUCCAUUAAAAAGAAGAAAACUACGCACACCAAAUUAAUUGAUUUAAAACAUAAAAAAGAACAAAAAAAACUGCUUUACAAUAAAUUAUUAAAUUUUUACUUUUGAACUAAAGCAAUGAAUAAAAAAACAAAGCAACAGCUGAUACACAUAUUUUUGGAGGAGCAUCUUCAAGCUUCCAAAUAUUUAUUUUUCCAACUAUAAACAAAAAAGUUCAAAUAAUAAACAAAAACAAAUAUAAAAGAAAAAUAUAAUAAAAACUUGUACGCAUACAACAACAAAAAUAAAAUAUUUAUAUAUUAUUAAAAAAAUAAACUCAAUAUUAAUAAAUACAAAAAAAUUAAAUAUACAAAAACAAAAAACUAUAUCGAUGUCUCCUAAUUUUCCAAGGAAAUUAUUUUUAUAUAUUGUAAAUUAUUGUUUAGUUUCGAUGGAAAUUUUUUCAAAAUGUCUGAUUGAGGGACCAGUCUUGUAAGAUUUUACCAUUGCUCUUUAAAUAAAAAAAAGAUAUUACUUUGUAUUUUAUAUUAUAAGAAAAAGAAAAUUAAAAAUAUUUGCAGUCCAAUAAUCUAAGAUAAAUUUUGAUUCGUGCUUAGGCAUAAUUUUGAAUAAAAUAAAGUUAACAGUAACUUUUCAAUAUUUUUAAAAAUUAUAAGGAAAAAAGCAGUUUUCGCAACUAAAUGCACAAAAUAUUGAUAACAUUUAAAAGAAAAACGUUUGAUUAUAACAUGAAUUCAUUAAUUGUAAACUUCUCUUAGGUACAUAGUUUUGACGUUUCACAUGUCAAAUGGUUACUAUUUCGUUACCCCAAAUGUAAAACUCGCUUAACCUUUAAAAAUAUUUCAAAUCAUCAUUUCAGAAUGAUUAUAAGAAUUCCGACAUUUUUCAACUGACAGCAUCAAAGAAAUAUUAUCUGUCAACAUUUAAACAGAGUUAGGCUACGUUCAGACGACCAUAUUUUUCUCGUAUAGCGUAUGCGGUAUUUUGUGGCAACAAGUGUUAUAUUUGCGCGUUCACGCGUAGCCCAUGCGGGAAAAUCCCGUAUUCGUAAAAUAUUUUUUUCCGUAUACCGUACGAACUUUUCACUACGAUUCGAUAAAUCUUGUAUGUAUUUUUAUCGUAUACAUGAUUAAUAGCGUUAAUCUUUAUAUUGUGUCGUUCACACGAACAAAAUUUCAUCGAAUUCGUUCAUUACGUUCAACGUUCAUUACGUCGUGUUUUCGAUUUAAAAAAAUAAGUGGAAUACGUGGAUGCACGAUAACGAUUGUCGGUUGACUGCUGACAGUGUCCCCUGCCAUGACACAAAACCCGUAAGUGAAAAAAUUGAAUCAAAUAUUUCUCGUGUGAAACGCCGUCUCGUAUUCGAUAAAACCGCAUACGUGAAAAAUCGAAUGGAAUAGUCGCCAUCUGAACGUAGCCUUAAGGCUAUCAAACUAAAAAAUACAUGCAAAAUAUGAGGUUACUUCUUUUCACAUUUUAAAAAUUGUAUCUAAUUUUAAAUUACAUAUUAAAAAAAAAAAGUAAUUUACCGUCAAGUAAAAGCGAGAUGAAAUGAUGGGACGUCAAUUCAAUCCAAUGUUAACAAUGUCUCAUUUACAUUUGGUCAGUUUAUGUUCCUUAGAUCACAGAGAUUUUCGUUUUCUCUGGAAUAUACACAAAAUUUUGUAUGAUCCAAUAUCUCAAGAAUUCUCCAUCGCGUAAUUGAAAAAGGAGGAAAAGAAAUGCAAAGUUAAUUUGAUUACAAAACUCCCGCUCUGUCAAUCCACGUGAGAAAAAUCUCAGAAAUCUUAAAAAUAUAAACUGCCUAAUUGUAAAUAUUAGGUCUGCUCCAAUUGACGUUUAUAAUGUCAUUUAAGUUUCGAAAAUAAGACUUACUCCACAUUUCAUUCAUUUUUGAAGUACCAUCAUUUCCUUUUUUUCAAACAUGAAAUCGUUUGUAAUAGUUUUUGAUUUUAUAUGAAUGUAAUUUGGAAAAAGUUUGGAAACCACUGAAUGAGUUUUAUUUUUAAACAAAUAAAAGCUAUGACAGUUUAAUAUGAUUUUUCAAAUUACAGUAUCUGUCAAUUGAGAAUAACAUAAUUACAUAUAAUACGUUGUUCAGAUUGAAGUCUUGUGGAAGCUACCCAUUUUGACAUUUGGUCGUUUUUUUUACUUUAACUGAUAUUCAACAAAAAUGAAUGCCAGCCUCAUUUACAACUUCAAAUUGUUGUCAAAUGUAAACUAGAUGAAAUAAUGACCAAUUGUCACCUUAAAUUAGAUCCAUUUAAACACAACCUAAAACAUUCUACUUUAUCUUUUUUCCGGCAUGAUGAUCACGCUCUGAGCACUCAAAAACAGUCUUCUGAACUUAAAACAAAAUAAUACAACUUUAAAGCUCUAAAUACUAUGAACAGAACAGUUUGACAGUUCAGAAAAAGAAAACGCUCACCAUAGUUCGUUCCAUUUCACGAAUGGAAAUGGUGACACAUUAAGUUUUUAGAUACGUUCCAAAAUUAAGACUGUGUUUACAUUUUGAAGUCUCAUCAUUACAAAAUGUUGCUAGCACUUGAUUUUGAGAGUGGUAUAAAAUGAUAAUAUGUCAAAAACUCCACUUAAAAAAAGUACAAUGUUCAUAAUAUGCGCACAAUCCUUAAACUCGAUAAAGAGUUUAAAAAUUAAAGCAUAAACAAUUGCUAAUAUCUUACUUCAUUUGAAAGAAAUGCAAAUUUAUAUAAUUUUCAAUCUGCUGUCAGGUUUCAGGAGUAAUGGCCCAACUAUAAUAGACUUAACCGAACGUAAGCUAAUGCCAAAACCGAACGAAAAAUUAUCAGAAGUUAUCGUCAAAACAGAAAGUAACCAUAAUGGAUUCAAGUAAAUUAAGCAAAUUUGACAUUUGCUUAAGCUCGAGCCAUUUAAAUGGCUCUUGCGUAAUUGCGUGAAAGUAAGUGAAACUUAACGAAACCGAGCAGAGCGUCUAUUAUGGUUAGUGACAUAUAAGGCUGCGUAUUGGUUCGUUCGCUUAAGCUGGCUUAAGCUCGGUUGAGUCUAUUAUAGUUGGGCCUUAAUUCUGAUCAAAUUAUUAUAAUAUUUUUAGUCAUAACAUCUUAAAUAUUGUCAUUGGAUUGUUUCAAAAGUCAAUAACAUUAACGUUAACGUUGCAAAACUCUCGUAGGAAAAACUUAUUAUAUUUUAAUUUUAAAGACGUCUUAUGCCACAUGCGAUAAUUUUUAAUCUUAGGAUUUUACGUCACAAACGUCAAGUCUCAUUUUCACAGCAUCAAAUAAACUUCAAUUUCAAAGUACAGAACUUUUUCAAGAACUCUUUUAAACUAUUCACAAUAUUUAAAAAUCAAAGCACGUAAACAAAAGUUUCUACGUUUUAAUAAUGAAAAAUAAAAAUAAAAUCUCAGUAUUUUAUACAAAAGCCAUCCAACAAACAAAAAAAAAUAAUAAUUAAUAAAAAUAAAAGAGCAAUGGUAAAUUCACUUAGCAGUAAGGUACCAUUAUAUCAGCUGAAAUUGGGAUCAUAGCUUUAUUAAGAUAGAUUAUAAUGCAAACAAACAAAAAAAAACAUUAAAAUAAAAAUAAAAAGAAAAAACACAUAUUAAACAAACCAAGGAAAAAAAAACUACUAAAUUUGUAUAAAAAUUAUAUAAACAAAUUUAAUAAGAAAAUAAAAUUAAAACUAUAAGAUAUAUAAGAGAAAAGCAACACAUUGAACACAUCGCAGCAGCAGCAGAAAUUUCAGCAUAAUUCCAUUUAUAAAUUUUUGUUUUUUGACAAUAUACAAGGAAAUUUAAUAAAUUUUUAAAAUUUAACAAAAUCAAACUAUAAAUCUAUCUCUCUUUUUAACUCUCUACUCUGCUAUAAUAUUCUUUAAAACCUCUCUUUCUCUCUCUUACCAAUUUUACAUAUUUUUCCUACAUAAGAGAUACAUUUUUAAAGUACAAAAAUCUUUUAAUUUCUUUUCUAAAUUAAACACAAAUUUAAAUUAAAAAAAAAAAAGAAAAAGAAAAACUAAAUACAAAAAUAUGUUUUGUUGCUAGAAAAUAAUCAAGUUGCCAGAUAUUUUAUUAAAGUCUUUACCCCCAGAAACUGUAUAAAAUUAUAGUAAAUAUAUAAAAUAAAAUAAUAAAAAUAAAACCAUAUCCAUUUAAAAAUGAAAGUAGUUUAUAGUAAAAAUUAUUAUUAUUGUUUUUAAUUAAUUAUUAACUGUUUUUUGAGAAUGCAAUAUUCAAAAAUAAAAAAAAAUAUUGUUAUUAUUAUAAACUUACGACAAAAAGAAAGAAGCAAUCAUUUAAAACUAGUUUAAUAAAAGUAUAAAAUAAAAACAAAAAAAAAUAUUAGGUAUUUAAAAAUAGUAAGACAAAAUAUAAAAGAUACAAAAUCUUAAUGGAUUUAGAGAUCUUUUAAAGAUUCUCUUCGUGCAGGUGAAUGAAGUAGAAAAUUUGACAAGGAAUUAUUAGUGAAUGAAAAAAUAUUUAAAAAACAUAAAAUAUUAGAUUAGCAUAAACACUUCAUAUAUAGAACAAAACAAAAAGGUACUAUAAAUAAAAUCUAUUUUAUUGUUUUGUUGCUGCUAACAAAAAUCACAUAUAGUAAACUCUCUAAAUAAAAUAAUGUUUUCUAUGUUUAAUUUAUAAUUUAAAAAAAAAAAAUAUACUAAAAAUCCUGUAAAUACCUGAAUGCAAACAAAAAAGCAAGCAAAGCAAAUACUUACUUAUAAAUAUUUUAUUAUCUAUAAUCUUGUUAGAGUACUAUUUAUAUAAAUAAAAACAAAAACAAUA